AAAUAAAAAAUCAUUUUCGUGUGAGGGUCGGAAAGGUAAAUCUGGGAGUGGAGGGGUAGUGGUAGAAGAGGCCAUUGUCCCCUUCGUGUUGGAUCCGGUGAAAGCAGUGAGAACUGGUGAAGACUUCCUUUACAAUACCUUUUCUCUUGAAGCCUUCUUGUCUUUAACUACUUAGACUGUGCUGUAUCUUUUGUCUGGGUCUCUCUUUCUCCAGGCAGGAUUCUGGCAGUUACUUGAUAUAUACAAAGAGAGAAAGGAAAUCAGAGUAGGGACCUUUGGAUUUCCAUCAUGUUCAAGAGGUCACCUAGUAGAAACCAAAGAUCCAAAGUUAUCAAGACAAAGCAUGUCCUUCAGAUUUGUCUGCUACUUGGGGUCUGCUUCUGGUUAAUCUACCAAGUCAAGCACUCCCAUGAUAAGAGAAAAGAAUUUGAUGAGAAAGAUGCCAAAGCCUCUGUGAGAGUACAAAAUGAUGAUGUGAUUCAAAAAUUUGGGAGGAAAGACCUUCCUCAUGUGCAGGAAGUAUCUAAGAACUACAAACAUGAGGAAGAAGAGGAAGAAGAAAAUGGAGUCGAGGAGGAACAUAAGCAUGAUGAUGAACUGGAAGAAAAAGCUAAGAGGCUUGAGGAAGAGGAGCAAGAAGGCGCAAGCAAACACGAAGAAGAGGAGCUGGAAGAAGCAAGCAAACACGAAGAAGAGGAGCUGGAAGAAGCUAGCAAACAUGAGGAAGACGAGCAGGAAGAAGCAAGCAAACACGAAGAAGUGGAGCAGGAAGAAGUGAGUAAACAUGAAGAAGAAGAAGAGCAAGAAGAAAUGCGGGAAGAUGAAGGUAACAAGCAUGACGAUGAAGAGCAAGAAGAAGAAAUUAAGGAUGAAGAAGUAGAUGAUGAGGGAAGAGGAGAUGAUGAGGUCAAUGAAAAUGAGCAAGAAAGAGCAGAUGGUGAAGCUGAUCGUGAAGAAGAAUUUAUAGAUGAAGAGAAAGAGAGAGAAGCAGAGGGUGAUGAUAAAGAUAAUGAGGAAAAAGAAAUUGAAGAGAAAGAUGGUCAAGAAGAAAGUGACAAUUCAGCAAAUGAUCAGAAUCAUGAUGGAGGUGGCAGGAAUGCACAUGAGGCUAGAGAGGAGCAUUACAAGGCAGAUGAUGCUUCCAGUGCAGUGUCCCAUGACACCCAAAUUAUAAACUCUGAAGCCAAUAAAUUAGAUAUGGAAAAUUCUAAUGACAACUCAACAAUGAAUGUUUUGGAACAGGAGAGCAAAGACACUGCAACUGAGGAAACUAAUGGUGAUGAAAACAAGUCAGAGUUGAAGGCUGAUGAUGGUAAACACUCUGAAGAUGGUAGUUCAUUGAAUGCCACAGACACUAAAGAAAAUGAUCAUGAGACUGGAUUAUCCAACUCUGAGCAUAUCUCUCUUCCAAAUACAACAAACUCUACUGACUUCACUGACCAAGCAAGCAAUAACUCUACUGAAGUGAGUAAAGAAACAGGCAAUAAGCCUGCAGAAGUGAAUACAGAAAUGCCAGAUUCAUUGCAGAAUGGAACAGCUACUGUUUUGAAAUUUACUUCAGCUCAAAAUACAACAGAAGAUGGUAUGGUAACUGAAGAAAAACAUAAAGAGCAAGCCAAUGAGAAGAUUUCAAAUAGCGAGCAGCAUGAUUCCAACACGGUAGAUUCGAGUAAAAUUGAAAAUGUAGAUUGGGCCACCAGAGAUUCCUUUAAUUCCUCUACUAAUGCAGAGUCCGAAAUGUCAGAGGAUAUGACCAAGGUCAAUUCAACAGCCGGAGGGGAUAAUUUUGGGUCUUCCAUGACUAAGGAGAAUACUGAUUCGACUCAGAAUGAGAAAUCAGAGGGUGACAAGGAAUCAGGUGGAACAGAUGAAAGCUCAGACACUUCCUUCUCUAACGGGACAGUGGAUCAAGGCCAGCAUGACCCCAUUGAUUCUUCUGAUAAUACCCUCUCUCAAGAAGAGAAAGAUGCUCGUGUCGAUCUGAGUACAUUGCCAGAUAUCAGAACAGAAGGGAGCGACAAUGAAGAUGCUGCAGGUGAAUGAAAAUCUGAUUCUAUGGUUGUUGAGUUUUUGUGAAUGCUCUAAAGCUGUUAUCUUUGCACUCCAUUUUGAUACGUAGACAGGUACUGUUUUUUAGAGUGCAUCUUGAUUGAAAUAUCAAACUGUGUCUAGAGAAUACGUUUUCAACUUUGAAGUCAAAAUGUAGGCUAGAUGAAUGUUGUCAGUGGGUUCAAUCUGUAUAAUGUAUGGCAACUUCCUGUAUGUCAAUACUUUUUUUUUUAAUUUUCUUGUUCAAAUUUCUGACA